AGAUAUCGUGCUUGAAAUCUCCUGCUAUCAUUUCUGAUUCGAAUUCGCAAUGGUUCACACCACGUAGUAUGCGGAAGUAACCUUCUUCUCCCCAAUAAGUAUUCCAUGAAUUAGCAACUGUCCAGUACUUCGUGCCGUUUUGAACUCCCCAUCCAAUGACUUUCACAGCGUGUGCUCCUCGUGCUCUACCGGCUGUGUGCCAUAUCCACAAUAUGUUCCACAGCAUGAAAGAAUAUCCGUGUCCGAAAGUAUUGUCUUUCUCUUACCAUAUGUGUGGAUGCAAAGACGAUCGGACAUGGUUUCCGCAGCUGAUACCGCCCAACACGAACCGCAAUUCGAUUGGUCCCGAAUGUAGCCGAUGGAGGUGCAGUUCUUCCAUUUCUCGCGAGCAUCGAAACUCUCUGGAAUUUCUUCCUUUGCAUUUGACUCUUCUAGCAUCAUUGCUCGAUAUUCUCCCGGAGGUGAACGGAGGUAUUCCAUUUUCAUCAAACUACCAAGACGCUUUUCGGCAACUUCCGGGGAGUAUUCGGCCUCGAAAUACGACUGUCUCUCAUUGACAUAUUCCACUAA